GACUCCGGCGGGAGAGUGAAGGGGGUUACUAUCGUUAAACCAAUAGUUUAUGGCAAUGUUGCUCGAUAUUUUGGAAAGAAAAGAGAAGAGGAUGGGCAUACCCAUCAAUGGACAGUAUAUGUAAAACCAUAUAGAAAUGAGGAUAUGUCAGCAUAUGUGAAGAAAAUUCAAUUUAAGUUACAUGAAAGCUAUGGCAAUCCUUUAAGAGUUGUUACUAAGCCUCCAUAUGAAAUUACUGAAACAGGAUGGGGUGAAUUCGAAAUAAUCAUCAAAAUAUUUUUUAUUGAUCCUAAUGAGAGACCUGUAACCCUGUAUCAUUUAUUAAAGCUGUUCCAAUCAGAUACCAAUGCAAUGCUGGGGAAAAAGACAGUGGUUUCAGAGUUCUAUGAUGAAAUGAUAUUUCAAGACCCAACAGCAAUGAUGCAACAAUUAUUAACAACAUCUCGUCAGCUAACAUUAGGAGCCUACAAGCAUGAAACAGAAUUUGCAGAACUUGAAGUGAAAACCAGAGAAAAAUUAGAAGCUGCGAAGAAAAAAACAAGUUUUGAAAUUGCAGAGCUUAAGGAGAGAUUAAAAGCAAGUCGUGAAACUAUAAAUUGUUUAAAAAAUGAAAUCAGGAAACUGGAAGAAGAUGAUCAAACAAAAGAGAUGUAAACAGUUCUGAAGAGAACUUGGUAGGAAACUAAACUGAAAAUAAGGUGGACUUUGAAGGGGAAAUGGAUUGCAAAUGCUUCUUAGAGAGCUGCAUAUGUAGUUGUUGACCAUCGGUUCCUCAGCAAUGGGGUCAAAGUGUUCGUACUUUUCAAGCAAUAUUUAAUGUGGAACAUAUGUAUAUAAUAGAUAUGAAUUCUGUAUAGGCAUUUUAACCCAUUUUAGGGUAAAUUCUAUGCUGUUAAGCACAAUUAAAAACUUUUUUUUAUUACA